AAAAUUAUCAUUUAAUUUUCGGCUUUCGUCUGUAACACAACAAGUCAAAUUCGCUCCAAAAUUCUUUUUAAUAAUUUCAAAAUUUUCGAAGUAUUUUAAGAUUUGCUUUUUAAAUUACAACAUGGCUUACAACGGCUUAGGGCUACCUGGUAUUUUUUGUCCGGAUGAAAGCGUUGAGCAAUUUGCAAGACUUUACGGAAGUGAUAAUUUAAGCAAAAUUAUGAUAAUGGCCACGAGCAGUCGACAUCCCACUGACUAUUUGAGUAAUGUGCAGGCGCCAGUUCAUCAGAAUCCGGGAGUUAUGGGGGCCAGCCAACCCAGGUUUUAUGGAAGUCCAUCGACCACAGACGAGCGAAAUCCCAUAGUUAAUCCCCGAUAUGGUGUUCAUGCUGUUCAAGGAUCCAGGCCCUUGAUGCAAGGGGCCUGUGGUGACCAUUAUACCCCCUCGCCAACUUUUAAGAACUUUAAGCCCGACUAUCCGUCGGGUCACUCCCACGCCCAUCCAGGAGUCCAAAAUCAGCGGCAAGUGCAAUACCACCCUCAGCAGUCACAGCCCCUGAAUUUUAUGUAUCCACCCCCACCUGGACCCAGAUUUCCCUGGCUUUAAAUCACAUAUUCCGGCCAAAUCCAUUUAAGCAAUCGACUUCGCUUGUUUGUAAGUUUUUGUUGGUAACGGUCCGACCAUGACGUGAAUUUUUGUAUCGAAAAUCUUAUUCUCUAUCACAAUUAUGCAUAAAUCAAUAUUUAAUUCAC